CGUGGGAAAGUCUUAUCACGUGACAUACCAAGGUAUCUACCAUUCUUUUGGCUGAACUGUAACUAUCUGCAGUGCACAGAUUGAAAUGGCAGCUUAUCCACCACAGCAACCACCAGCCUACUCUCCACAAGGGUAUCCUCCACAACCAGGCUAUCCACCUCAGGGUUACCCACCUCAGGGCUAUCCACCGCAAGGCUAUCCACCGCAAGGCUAUCCACCUCAGCCGUAUCCACAAGCAGCACCCAUGCAACAGCAGCAGCAGUCGAAUGUCGUUGUCGUCGGUGGUGGAGCUCCUGCAAUGCAUCAUACAACUGUCGUCACUCAGCGACAAGGUACGAACCAUCUCUUGCACCUUCUCAUCACGCUGCUGUUCUGGCCUUGGAUUAUCGUCUGGAUCAUUUUCUGCAUCAUUGAAGGGGUGCAGUAUAGAUUUCUGUGUCUGCUGUACGUUCUGUAUCAAAUGGCAUCAUGCAAUGGUCAUGAUCUCAGUAUUUCACAAAACCUCUCUACCAAGUCUGCCACCAGAAGAAACAUGGAAGAGAAGCAACCAGAUUCCCCACCCGCUUACUCUGGGCAGAGCGCUCCGCCUCCUCAAGGCUAUCCACCACAAGGCUAUCCACCACAAGGUUAUCCUCCUCAAGGUUAUCCUCCACAAGGUUAUCCUCCACAAGGAUAUCCUCCACAGCCAUAUCAGGGUUACCCUCCACAAGGCUACGCUCCUGCUCCUCAGCAGCAGCAGCAGUCAAAUACAACAGUCGUUGUAGCUCAACCUCAAGCCGCUGCAGCCAGUACAACAGUCGUUGUGAACAGACGCGCCACCAACCACUGCAUGCACUGCUGCAUUACUUUUUUCUUCUGGCCGUGGAUUUUCGUCUGGAUUUAUCUGAUGGUAUUGGUACAGUUGAAUACCGAACCAUACCCUUUGUUAGCGCCUGAUUCAGGCCUUCCUAAAGCUAGAAGACUAGAAUACAGAAUGGCAUACCAACCUCCACAGCCAACUUAUCCUUCACAGGCAAGCUAUCCUUCACAGCAGUCGAAUGUCAAGGUGAACCAGUACUCAGGAGUAAGCCAGACCACCGUUAUUGUUGAACGAAAGCCUACAAACCAUCUUCUCCACUGCCUCAUCACCUGUUUUUUUCCACCAUGGAUAUUUGUUUGGAUAUACCUUUGCAUUGUCAACCCUUGAACUGGUUGCAGUGGAACAUCAGAAACUACAAAGUUAGAUUAGCCUGAUUUUGUGUUGAAAUCUCUUCUGUAUGGUCUGAAAGCGAAUAUGGUCUUACACAAGAUGUUGAAGA